AUGGCCUUUGCUUCCAGUCAUUACCACCACGGGCCUGCUAUAGAAAAGGAUGUGAAUGGGAAAUGUGAUGAAGUGUUGGCCACACCACUCUCUCACACAGCUUUUACCAGCUCCUCAGUGUACUCCGGUGGAUAUGGGGCUGGAUACGCAAAGCUCAACAGGAGAGGAGGUGCUGGAGGCUGGUCUCCGGGGGACACUGACCGUUACCAGUGGCUGCAGGUGGACCUGGGCACUAGGAAGCAAGUCACCUUCAUUGCCACACAGGGCCGGUACAGCAGCUCUGAUUGGACAACCCAGUACAGACUCCUCUACAGUGAUACAGGAAGGAACUGGAGACCGUAUCGGCAAGAUGGCAACAUAUGGGCAUUUUCAGGCAACUCCAACAGCGAGAGUGUGGUCCGCCAUGAUCUGCAGCAUGCAAUCAUAACACGCUACAUCCGCAUCGUCCCACUUGAGUGGAACGAGGAGGGGAGGAUCGGCUUGAGAGUGGAAGUCUAUGGCUGUUCUUACUGGGCGGAUGUGAUCAACUUCGAAGGUCAGGGUGUGAUCUCCUACCGCUUCAAGAUGAAGAAGAUGAAGAUCUUGAAGGACGUCAUCUCCCUGAAGUUUAAGACCACGGCCAGUAACGGUGUGCUCCUGCACGGGGAGGGACAGCAGGGAGACUAUAUCAGCCUGGAGCUGAAGAGAUCCAAACUACUUCUCAUGAUCAACCUGGGCAGCAAUCAGUAUGGCUCCAUCCUCGGGCACACCUCCGUGACAAGCGGAAGUUUAUUGGAUGAUGACCAUUGGCACUCUGUAAUUAUCGAGCGUUACCGACGGAAUGUCAACUUUACCCUGGAUCGCCACACGCAGCACUUCCGCACCAACGGUGAAUUUGAUCAUCUUGACCUGGACUAUGAGAUCAGUUUUGGAGGCAUGCCCUUCUCUGCCAAGCUCAGCUCGGGAGGCAGGGAGAACUUUGUUGGCUGCAUGGAGGGCAUCACCUACAACGGAGAUAACAUUACCAACCUGGUCAAGAGGAAGAAAAUUGAUACUUCAAGUUUUAGGAACCUGACGUUCUCCUGCAGCGAGACACACUCCUUCCCCUUGUUCUUCAACGCCACCAGCUUCCUGCGUCUUCCGGGGCUGCCGGACAGUGACACCCUGUCGGUCAGCCUGUCCUUCCGAACGUGGAACCCCAGCGGUCUGCUCCUCUACACGGCCCUGGCCGACGGUGUGGUGGAGGUGGGCCUCACCGAGGGGAAGGUCACUGUCUACAUCAACGUCACCCAGAAGAAGAACACGCGCAUAGACAUCUCCUCAGGUUCGGGGCUCAACGACGGCCAGUGGCAUAACGUCUAUCUCCAUGCUCUGGAGAACUGCGCCAUGCUGACCAUCGAUGGUGACGAGGCGUCCACGGUCAGAACGGUCAUUCCCAUUCAGAUUAGAACAGGGGGCCAAUACUACUUUGGAGGCUACUUCCUGCGUACCAACACUCCCCCUGCCCAGCGCUCCUUCCAGGGCUGUAUGCAACUGAUCCACGUGGACGACCAGCUAGCUGACCUGGUGGCGGUAGAGCAAGGCAACAUGGGAACCUUUGAGAAUGUCAGCCUGGAUAUGUGUGCCAUCAUAGACAGAUGUGUCCCUAACCACUGUGAACAUAGAGGCCGCUGCUCUCAGACCUGGGAUAGUUUCAGCUGCUCCUGUAACGGGACAGGAUACACCGGGGCUACAUGCCAUACCUCCGUGUAUGAACAGUCCUGUGAGGAAUACAAACACCUUGGUAAAACAUCUGGCACGUACUGGAUCGACCCUGAUGGGAGUGGUCCUGUUGGCCCAUUCAAAGUCAACUGCAACAUGACUGAGGACAAGGUGUGGACGACAGUGAGAAACAACCUGUCUCCCCAGACUUCAGUGACUGGCUCAGACCUGGAGGGGAAGGCUGUGCUGCAGCUCAAUUACAACAUGUCCACAGAGCAGGUGACAGCCAUCACGGGAAGUGCGGAGUACUGUGAACAGCAUGUUGCCUACGCCUGCCGAAUAUCUCGACUGCUCAAUACGCCAGAGGGAUCUCCAUUUACAUGGUGGGUUGGCAGGGCCAAUGAGAAGCAUUUUUACUGGGGUGGUUCAGGCCCAGGGAUCCAGAAGUGUGCCUGUGGAAUCGAGAGGAACUGCACCGACCCCAAGUACUACUGCAACUGUGACGCUGAUCAAACACGGUGGAGAGAGGACGCUGGUCUUCUGGUGUAUAAAGACCAUUUGCCUGUGAGUCAGGUGGUGGUUGGUGACACUAAUCGUGCUGGCUCUGAGGCUAAAUUGACUGUGGGUCCACUGCGUUGUCAAGGAGAUGGUAACUACUGGAACGCAGCAUCCUUCAACACGCCUGCAUCAUACCUGCACUUCCCUACCUUCCAAGGAGAGACCAGUGCUGACAUCUCUUUCUAUUUCAAGACUUCCUCCUCUUAUGGCGUCUUUCUGGAGAACCUUGGCAACGCUGACUUCAUCCGCCUGGAACUAAAAGCUGCCACGGUUGUGUCCUUCUCUUUUGAUGUGGGCAACGGUCUGGUGGAGCUGAGUGUGAGGUCGUCCACUCCUCUUAAUGAUGACCAGUGGCACAGGGUGGUGGCUGAGCGCAAUGUGAAGGAAGCUGUGCUGCAGCUGGAUGGGCACUACAAGGAGGUUCGCCCUGCACCCCCACAGGGUCACACCCGCCUGGAGCUAUACAGCCAGCUCUACGUGGGUGCAUCAGGUGGCCAGAGGGGGUUCCUAGGAUGUAUCCGUGCCCUGAAGAUGAACGGUGUGACCCUUGACCUGGAAGAGAGGGCGAAGGUCACCCCAGGGGUUAAGCCUGGCUGCUCUGGCCACUGCACCAGCUAUGGGCAGCACUGCAGAAACGGUGGCAAGUGCAUGGAGAAAUACAACGGUUACUCAUGCGACUGCACCUUGACUGCCUAUGAUGGGCCCUUCUGCACUGAAGAUGUGGGCGGCUACUUUGAGAGUGGAACACUCGUUCGUUACGACUUCCUUCCCAAGAGGGGCCUUCCAGCCAUCAGGGAUGUGAAGAGCCUGUCUCCCUUGCUACCCACAGAGGGCAACCUGACCCAGGAGGAGCUGGUGUUCAGCUUCAGCACCUCCAACGCCCCCAGCAUCCUGGUCUACAUCAGCUCCAGGACCCAGGACUACCUGGCUGUGGUGCUCAGACACAAUGGAACACUUCAGAUCCGCUACAGCCUGGGAGGCCUGAGGGAGCCGUUCACCAUCGACCUGGACCAGCGCAACAUGGCCAACGGGCAGCCUCACCACAUCAACAUCUCCAGGCUGGAGAAGAACAUACGGCUGCAGUUGGAUCAUUACCCCCCAGUCAGCUACACUCUGCCUGAUGACUCUGACACUCAGUUCAACCUGGUCAAGACCAUAUUCCUGGGGAAAGUCUUUGAAACUGGCCAGAUUGACCCAGUCAUCAUAGAGAAGUACAACACUCCAGGGUUUGUGGGCUGUCUGUCCAGAGUUCAUUUCAACAACAUCGCCCCUCUGAAGGCAGCACUGAGGUCUGGCAUCGUCGCCCCGGUGACCACCCAGGGCAUUCUAGUGGAGUCAAACUGUGGAGCGUCUCCUCUCACGAUCUCACCAAUGGCUGCUGCCAACGAUCCCUGGCACAUGGACUCAGCUGGUGCUGUAUUCCCAUUCAAUGAGGAAAGAGUUAGCCGGGAUGGAGUUGAUCAGAACUCUGCAGUUAUCGGAGGUAUCAUUGCUGUGGUCAUCUUCACCAUCCUCUGCACCCUGGUGUUCCUGAUUCGCCAUAUGUUCCGUCACAAGGGCUCCUACCACACCAACGAGGCCAAAGGGGCAGAGUCUGCGGACUGUGCCGAUGCAGCCAUCAUUGUCAAUGACCCCGCCUUCACAGAAACCAUCGAUGAGAGCAAGAAGGAGUGGUUCAUCUAA